UAAUAAAAUAAAAGGCAUGAGGGGCACAAGUAUAACUUAAUAAAGGUAGCUGAGCUUUAAACGUUCUCACCCGCAGAUGCAACCAAAUCAUUUCUUCUUUCUCCAACAAACAAUGGCGAAACUCAGCUUUUUCGUCGGCGUAAUAGGAAACGUUAUCUCUGUCCUCAUGUUCCUUUCUCCGGUCGGAACAUUCCAGCGGAUUAUAAGGAAUAAAUCGACGGAGCAGUUCGAGAGUUUUCCGUAUGUGUGCACAUGGCUGAACUCCUCUCUAUGGACUUACUACGGUAUUAUAAAGCCUGGUGCCUACCUAGUCGCCACUAUCAAUACAUUCGGCGUCGUUGUACAGUCAUUUUUCCUCGGCGUUUUCCUCAUCUACGCACCUUCGGCAAUGAAGGUGAGGACGGGGAUUCUGGUAGGGAUUUUGGAUAUCGGAAUGUUGACGGCGACGAUUGCGGUGAGUGAAUUGGCAUUGGAAGGGGGAAAGCGUAUUGGAGCUCUAGGGUUUGUUUGUGCGGGGUUGAAUAUCAUGAUGUACGCUUCGCCGCUCUCUGUCAUGAAAACGGUGAUAAAGAGCCGGAGUGUGGAGUACAUGCCUUUCAUGCUAUCACUUUUCUUUUUUCUAAAUGGAGGAAUUUGGACUUUCUAUGCUUUUCUCGUUCAUGAUUGGUUUCUUGCGGUACCAAAUGGAAUGGGUUUAGGGUUGGGAUUGACACAACUUUUGCUGUAUGCAAUUUACAGAAAUGCCAAAAGGCCAUUAAACACUUCAAUAAUCACUUCACAACAUCAACAACAAAAUUCCCAAACCCAACCCCUCAUUUCUUCUUCACAUCCAGAUCCACAACCACAACCCUAAAUUUUCAACAUUCCUUCAAUAUAUAUAUAUAUUUAUAUAAUUUCUUUAAUUUUUUUUUUUAUCUUUAUUAUUUUUAAAGAAUUUGAGUGUGUUUUACUUUUAUACAUAAUGUAAGAGUUUGAUGACUCUAAAGUCAUAGAAUGUAUGCAAUUCGAGUUGUGGUUCUGGAGUUAAUUAUAUUUCAUACCUUUUCUUUAAA